AUGAUCAAAUAAUCUACAAUCAGAUUUUUAUUUCUGAUGAUUUAUUUUUCCAAUUUUUGGAAUACUUUCAUUGCUAAUUACUAUUUGAAUCUUAGUUUAUAUUAGAAUGUGAAUUAGAUAUUUUUUUACGUAAUUAUGACUGUUUUGAAAAUAAUUUGUCCUACAUUAAGUGGUUUUAUUAUAGACCAUGUUUAAUUUAAUUUGAACAUUUUAUUCAUUGGAUAAUGGUUAACAAUUGUUUCAUAUAUCUAUUUUUUAGCAAAUAUUUAUUAAGAAAUAGAUGACUACAUAUAUUUUGCUAUAGGAUUUUAAAUUUUGGGCCAAUAAUUGUAAAUAAUAAUUAUAUUAACUAUGAUAUCAAAGCAUUUUAAUGAAAAUGAAAUACCAUUGUAAAGUUUUAUAUUUAUUUAUAAGAUAAAUUGCAAAAUUCUAUUAAUUUGAAUGUGGAGGUCGAUUGUUGUGUACUAUGAUAUUUUUCUUAUAAGCAAUUUUCACUGUUUAAGAAAAUCGACUUAAAUAUGAAAAAAACAUUUAAUUAAUAUUAUCUAUGAUUCCAUUCAUAAUACUUAUAUCCUUGGCAAUAUGUAUUUAUAAAUCAUUUUCAAUAUUUCGUUUUGAUAUCUAUUAAAAAAUUCCAGAAUUAUAAUAUAUUCCUAUAAAAUCAAGGAGCAAUUUGUUAUAAGCAAUGAAAGAUGUAUGUAAAACUGAUGUAAUUUUAAUUGCAAUUUCUGCUACUUCAGUAAUGAGUAUCAUUUAGAUCUGGCAAUAAUAUCAACUGGAUUAUUGUUUUGAUGAAUACAAAAUAAAUAAUCCAUAAGAAAUUUGGAUAAUUUUUGUAGCAUUUGCAAUUUCUGAAUUUCCAAUUUUUAUUUGUAUAAAUAUAGUAGAUUUUAGCUGUAUUUAUUGCUUAUAGACUGGGAAAGAAAAUUAAAAACGAGAUUGAUGCUCUUUAAUACUUAACUACUGCUACAUCUAGUUCUUUAGUUUACUUUAUUCUAAGCACACUUUAACUAAUCUGUUAUAAAAGUUUAUUCAGUCUCAGAUUAUUCAUUACAAUUUUAACAAUCACAAUGUAAUAGUAUAAUCAAACAAUAUUAUCUGUAAAUUUAAACAUAAUCAUAUAAGAUAUCAAGUACUAUAUUAAUUGGUAUUCAAAAAAAUAAUUAACGAUCUUUGGGAUUAUCAUUUGGAAUUCUAUCUAUGUCUACAAACAUAUUUCAAAUAUGGGUCAUUAGUGUUUUAAGUAAAUUUAGAUAAAAAUAGUAACAAUAUUGUAAAAUUUUAUUAAUAUCAAGUUUAUGAAAAAAUGGCAGUUAUAUAUGGAUUUGCAAUUUGUUAUACAAUUUUAGGUGCAACUCUAGCAAAAAUGCUAUAAUUUAUAGCCAUAAUGA